GCUAAGGAGCAUCAGUGCGUUAUCAGCCUCCGUACGCGCACGCCACCGCGCGGUGUCAAUACAGAGUCAAGUCGGUUAUCUGGCUCACGUCGGGGCGGUUUGCCAGUUCGGGUGCCAGGCCUAGCUGUCUUCUAGGGUAUCAACUAGGGCCAAGUCGGGUUAGUUUGGCUAGUUGGGUGUCAAGUUGGGCAUAAAGUUGGGUGUCAAGUCAGUGGGGCUUCGAACUUGAAACCGAAGUUGGGUGUCAAGUCGAGCAGGGCGUCGAACUUGGUCGUGAAGUUGGGUGUCGAGUCAAGUGAGCCGUCCUCGCGAAUGGAGGGUAAGCCGGUUAACAGCCGAUAAGGUAGUCAAGGCACCGACCAUGACGGGCCCGUCCGCGCCCGGCCGCCGCUAGCCGGCUGCAGCGCGAGUGCACCCGAGUGCAGGCAGCCAGGACGCGACCACCGCGCCGCCCUGGCCGUGAACGGGGCGCCAAGCGAAGCCACCCCCUUGCUGCAGACGCCACCGCGCGGGACGAGCCUCGCCAUGCUCAUCAAGACCAAGCUUCCCAUGGCGUCGGCGAUGGAGGACGAGAAGUCGCCCCCGCUGGAGGAGAGUGACCACAUCUGCGACGCCAUCGGCGGCUUCGGCCGGUGGCAGCUCAAGCUGACGUUUCUGCUGUCGCUCGUCAACAUCCCCUGCACGUGGCACAUCUUCGUGCCCACGUUCCAGGUCCCCGCCACCGACGACUUUUGGUGCCUCAGACCGCCCGCCCUCAAGACCCUCACCAGCGACCUGUGGAUCAACAUCAGCCACCCCUACAUCCUCGACAAGGACGGCCAGCUGCGGUACGACCGGUGCAACGUCUUCGACGUGGACUACUCGAGGCUGUCCAUGUUCGGCGCCUCGUCGAUCGAGAGCGCCGCCGCCCUGCUGCAGCGCGACAACUCGACGCCGACGAGGCCGUGCUCCAAGUGGGAGUUCAACAGCACGCUGGGGUACACGCUGCUGCAGGAGUGGGACUUGGUGUGCGACCGGGCCCACCUCAAGGACACCGCCGAGAUGACGUUCCUGGCCGGCGUCGCCCUGGGCGGCUUGGUGUCCGGCAUGAUCUCCGACAAAUUCGGCCGAAAGAAGACCCUGCUGAGCUCCCUCAUCGCCCAGAUCAUGGUCGGCACCAUCAUCGCCUUCAACCCCUGGUUCGAGGCGCACUGCGUGCUCCGCUUCUUCCUCGGCUUCAUCUCCGUCGGCAUCGUCUUCAGCGGCUUCGUCCUGUGUAUGGAGGUGGUGGGCGGCAAGUGGCGCACCAUCUCCGGCGUGUCGUACCUGUUCCCGGUGCCGCUCAGCUACAUCAUGAUAGCCGGCAUUGCCUACCUGGUGCGCGACUGGCGCUCCAUCCAGCUCGCCAUCACGCUGCCUGCCAUCACGCUGCUGUCCUUCUUCUGGAUCAUGCCGGAGUCGCCGCGCUGGCUGCUGUCCGUGGGCCGCAAGGACCUCGUGGUGCCCAUCCUGCAGGACGCGGCCAGGACCAACAAGCUGACGCUGCCCGCCAGCCUGGACAAGCAGCUGCAGCAGGAGUGCACCCCGACGGCGGAGGACUCUGCCGGUGUGCUGGACCUGUUCCGGACGCCACACAUCCGGAAGAUCUCCCUGCUGCUGUACGUCAUCUGGUUCUCCGUGUACCUGGCGUACUACGGCCUGGUGCUCAACAUCAACCAGUUCGCCGGGGACCCCUACGUCAACACCGUCCUGUCAGGUGUGGUGGAGGUGCCGUCCAUCGCGCUCAGCAUCCUGAUCCUGCUCAAGAUGGGCCGGCGGUGGCCGUGCUGCCUGACGCUGGUGGUGGGCGGCGUGGCCUGCCUGCUGACGCUCCUCGUGCCCCCCAGCACGCAGCAGGCCAGCACCGCGCUCGCCAUGGUGGCCAAGUUCUCGGUGUCGGCCAGCAACGCCAUCAUGCCCGUGUUCACGGCCGAGCUGUUCCCCACCGUGGUGCGCAACGUGGGCGUCGGCGCCAGCAACGUCCCCGCCGGCAUCGCGCUCAUGCUCACGCCGUACCUCUGGAACCUGGCGACGUUCGGCGCCGGUGUGCCCAUGACGGUGAUCGGGGCCAUCUCGCUGCUGGGCGGCUUCACGGCGCUGCUGCUGCCCGAGACGGCCAACGUGCCCAUGCCGCAGACCAUCCAGGAAGGGGAGGCCAGGGGGAAGACCAUCGCCGCCCCGAACAAGUCCGCGUCCUCGCUGUCCGCCAACGGCGACGCCGCCGAGAGGACCAACAGCGUGGCCAGCAACGGCUUCGUGUCGUAGACUCGCCGCCCUGGACGACGACGUCGUCUCCUCCACUGCCUGGCCCAGCCGGGCCCGUCAGGACCCUCUGGACCGCUCAAGCCACAACGCAGCGACCCUGCACUCGAAAAAGUGCCGAACGUCGCCCCGCCGCCUUUCUCCACUCGUCGCG